AUGGUUGAUGCAGCUAGUGGAGGAGCUCUGGUGAACAAGACACCUGAAGCGGCCAGGGAAUUAAUCUCCAAUAUGGCUGAAAAUUCUCAGCAAUUCAGUACAAGGACAGAAGGUACCAUUAGAAGGGUUAACGAGGAAGUCUUUGGAGAGGAGGACAUGGACAAUGAGCUGGAAUAUAAGGCACAAUCGGACAGGGAGGAGGAGAUCGAUGCAUCCUAUGAUACUCUGGAACCUGAACAGGAGAUAAGUACUUCUGAUAUCAAUCGAAGGGAGGAGUCUUUGAGGGUGGCGGUGGAGAGGGAGCUUCUUCGUCAGCAGGUCAAGAGCUUAGAGUCCACGCUCCAUGAGCGGACCCGUAACUUUGACACUGCGGUUGAGGAAGAGCGGGCUAAGGCGGUGGAGGACUUUAAAGAGUCCCAGCAGUUCCACGACCUCCAGGUUGAGUACGGCUCGAAGUCCUACCGCUCGGGGUUCAAGCUUUGCCGAUGGCUGGUCAGGAAGAAGUUCUCCAGUCUUAACCCUGAAGGCGUAACAAUGAGGGACCUGGCCCCAGAGUCGGCGGACACUACGGAGGAAGAGGAGCCCGACUCCCUGGAGGAGAGCGAAGAGGAUGUAGAGGUGGUGAAACCUUGA